UGGAUAUCUCUCCCUAUACUCCGCGCCCCAAAUGGACUCUGCUGGCACAUAUUUGGUUGGUUGGAAAUCCACCCGUGCUAGCACAGCUGUGGUCUUAGGUGAGUAUUGGCAAUGAUUCUACUGUUGAAAACACGGAGUCAAUGUUCUUUAUGCAAUUUUUCGUCUCUUUCUGCACACCCAUUUCUCACAAGCUUUAUGCAGCAUAUCACCAUUGUCGAUCUUCCUGAAGAUGUUCUUCUGAAGAUUUUCAUGUAUCUACGUCUAUCAUGCUUCGUUGCCCAACCCGAACGAUAUUCGUAUGAGAGCAUAUGUUUUUGGUGGUAGCAAAAAGCUUGCAACAAGAGAUCUAUAUCGGCUGCGAGUUGUUUGCAAGAGAUUCAACAAUAUCAUGUGCGAUUAUCACGCUAGUUUCCCUAAACCUCCCAUCGGGUUAAGGCUGCAGGCAGCCGUAAAUCGUGAUCGCACUUACGGUGGAGCUGUUGUCGCCUAAAUUUACGGCGAUUGUGGAAGACGUUACUUUGCAAAGUUUGUGUACAUGCAAGAUGUUCCAGCAGCAAUAUUUCCCGGACAAAUCUGCACAUUCCUUGUGAUCAAAAGUCUUGUACUCACAGAAGAUCUGAUAGAUAUGCUAUUACAGCUUGAUCUUUCUAAGGUGGAGGAACUGUUUUGGUAUGAUAUUCGAGGAUCACAAGUGAAAAAUCUGAUUGAGAAAAUGCAACAACUUUUACGCAAAAUGACAUCGCUAGUCAGUGCGGAGUUCUAUGCAACGGAUGAUUAUUUUGAUCCAACGACAAUGUUUCCAAAUACGGAUUGCUACUGGACGGAACUUGGUUUGGAGAAGUGUCUUGGAAGAAACUGUAUACGCGAUUUGAGAAUCGGUUAUGAUUUUUCGUUGUUCGGCCUACUUUUGGUGUUACAAGGAACGUUAUUUGUUUGACUGUUCGAAGAUGGUUCUGACUCUCACGGUACUGGAGACGAUGUAUCAUUAUUGGAAUUACGAAAUUAGGGCAAGUCUGAAUGCAGAGCUAUCAACAUCUACGAGGUAUUGAGACAAGCAGGUGCCCUUCAUGCAGGUAAUCACACCUGUUCACACUCUGGAGUUCAUCAGAGCUCGGUGAAUGCCUAAGUAGCCGUGUCCGCGUAGGAACUCAAUUUGCUCACCGAAUUUGAUAAUAAAGCUCUUAUCAAGAAUUCUUCCCUUUGCAUUACCUUCAUUUCUUGUCCUUUU